AUGGUUAAAUCAUAUCAAAGAUAUGAACAACUGAGUUGUUUUGGUGUGAUCUCCUCAAAGUCCAAUGUCAUAUGGAUUCCACCUUCAAAUAAAACUAGUGCAGGUCAAGCUAUUACUGCAGGUUUAGAAGAAAUCUUAAUCUGGGAUGUCAAAACUGGUGAAUUAGUAAAGAAGCUUAGAGAUGGAUUAGCUCCAGGUGCAUCUGACUCUAAGUUAGGUAAGCCAGCUGAAAUCACAUUUGUUGAGCUACACCAAGAUACAAAUCUUUUAGGUGUUGGUUAUGAAGAUGGUUCAAUCAAGAUUUGGGAUUUAAUCUCAGGUACUGUUUUAAUCAAUUUUCAAGGUCACAAAUCUGCAAUCACAUUAUUGAAAUUUGAUGCAGAAGGUACUAGACUGAUUUCAGGUUCAAAAGAUUCAAAUAUCAUUUUUUGGGAUUUAGUUGGUGAAGUUGGUUUAUUCAAAUUAAGAAGUCAUAAAGAUCAAAUCACCGGUUUAUGGUUUAACGAAGAAUGGUUAGUCAGUACUUCAAAAGAUGGUCUUAUCAAAGUUUGGGAUUUGAAAACACAACAAAGUAUCGAAACUCACGUUGCUCAUACUGGUGAAUGUUGGGGAUUGGGUCUUAUUGAUGAUAUACUUAUAACAACAGGUGCUGAAAAUCAAGUCAAAGUAUGGAAAUUAGAUUUAUCAUCUGAAGAUAACAAAUUGAAAGAACGUGGUAUUUUCGAAAAACAAAGUAAAUCAAGAGGUGAAGAAAUCUCAUUCAAUAAAGCCGGUUCAAAUACUUAUUUCUACAUUCAAAAUUCCGAUAGAACUAUUGAAAUUUUUAGAGUUAGAACCACUGAUGAAAUAGCGAAAGCUACCAAAAAGAGAGAAAAAAGAUUAAAAGAAAAAGGUCAUGACGAAGAAGAAAUUGAAAUUGCAAUCAAAGAAUCUGAAGUUAACAUGCUAAUUCAACCAUUCACUGUUUUAAGAUCUAUAUAUAAAGUUAAAAGUGCCACAUGGGCAUCAACAAACAGUUCUAAAUUAGAGCUUUUAGUUUCAUCGUCAAAUAACACAUUAGAAUACUAUACUAUUGCAUAUACAAAUAAAGAAGUAUCACCACCUGUCAAAUCAUACACAGUGGAAUUACAAGGUCAUAGAACAGAUAUUAGAUCUUUAGACAUAAGUGAUAAUAACAAAUUACUAGCCACCGCAUCUAAUGGGUUAUUGAAAAUAUGGAAUACUAAGACCAAUAAUUGUAUAAGAACAUUUGAAUGUGGUUAUGCAUUAACAACCAAAUUCUUACCUGGUGGAUCAUUAAUCGUCGUUGGUACAAAGACUGGUGAAGUUGAAUUAUAUGAUCUUGCAAGUUCAACUUUACUUGAUACUAUUGAAGCACACGAAGGUGCUAUUUGGUCCUUAGAUCUGACCCCAGAUGGUAGAUCAAUGGUUACUGGUUCUCAAGAUAAAACUGUUAAAUUCUGGAAUUUCAAGAUUGAAGAUGAAGUUACUCCAGGAACAGUUGUAAAAUCUUCUAGAAUGAAGAUUUUCCACGAUAAAACUUUAGAAUUGAAUGAUGACAUUUUAGCUUUGAAGAUAUCACCAGAUAAAAAAUAUUUAGCUGUUUCAUUAUUAGACAACACAGUUAAAGUUUUCUUUUAUGAUACAUUGAAAUUUUACUUAAGUUUAUAUGGUCAUAAAUUACCAGUUUUAUCAUUGGAUAUUGCAGAUGACUCCAAAUUAAUCAUCACAUCAUCAGCCGAUAAAAAUAUCAAGAUUUGGGGUUUAGAUUUUGGUGAUUGUCAUAAAUCAAUUUUUGGUCAUCAAGAUUCAAUUAUGAAUGUUAAAUUCUUACCAGAUUCUCAUAACUUCUUUAGUGCCGGUAAAGAUGGUCUUUUGAAAUAUUGGGAUGGUGAUAAAUUUGAAUGUAUUCAAAAAUUAAGUGCACAUCAAUCACAAAUUUGGAGUAUAGCUGUUGCAACUGAUGGUUCAUUUGUUGUUUCCACAUCUCAUGAUCAUAGUAUUAGAAUUUGGGAAGAAACAGAAGAUCAAGUUUUCAUCGAAGAAGAAAAGGAAAAAGAAAUGGAUGAGUUAUAUGAAAAUACUUUAUUAUCUUCUCUUGAAGGAGAAGAUGAAGUUAAGAAAGAUGAUGACGAAGAAGAGGAAAAAGAUGAAGCAACUGGUGUCAAUCAACAAACUUUAGAAACCUUAAAAGCUGGUGAAAAACUUUUGGAAGCUUUAGAAAUUGGUUACAAGGAUAUUGAAGAAGAAGAAAAAUACCAAGCUGAAUAUAAAAAAUGGUUAAAAACUAAAGCUGGUGAUCAGCCAAUAAAACCUACUAAAGAUGCAUUAUUACAAGCAAUGAAUAAAUCAGGUUCAGAUCAUAUACUGGAAACUCUAUUGAAAAUCAGACCAUCACAAUUGGAAGAUGCUCUUUUAGUCUUACCAUUCUCAUUUGUGCUCAAAUUCUUCAAGAUUAUUGAAAGAUGGACCAAGACUAAUGCUAUAUUGAGACAACAUUUAGCCAUCAUUUGUCGUGUAUUAUUUUUUUUGAUAAGAUCCAAUUUACACGAGUUGAAUAGUAUGAGAGAUGAAGGUACAAAGAGACAAAUAACUAAUGUCAAAUCCCAAUUAAGAGCUCAAUUGAAAGAAAACUCCAGUGAAUUAGGUUUCAAUAUUCAAGGGUUGAGAUUUUUGCAAAAUCAAUGGAAUUUGACACAUAACACAGAAUUCAUUGAUGAAUAUGAAAAUAGAGAACAAGUCGACAAGCAAUCUAAAAAGAGAGUUUAUCAAACUUUAUAA